CAGUCGAGUUUGCUCGGCUCGGAGACGAAGUCUGGGUCGAUCCACAUCGAGUUGGACGCCGGUCUCGUUCCGCCGGUGACGGAUGCGAUCGAGGAGGAACUGCAUUUGCGUGUCGAUCGAAUUGUUGUUGACAGGGAACGUUUGCAGCUCGUUUGCAGAACUGGCGAUCCGGCUAUUCUACCUGAUGAGUCGCCAGGGUUUAUUUCUGCUCUUUUUUAUAUUGGAAAAUCUGACGUGCAAGGUCUUGCACGCCUUGUAGACGGCGGUUUAUCUGUAAACCAAUGUGACUCACAAGGGCGCACACUAUUGCACUUUGCUACCGCGUGUGGAAACGAAGAUGUUGUCAGGGUUCUUCUAGAAAGAAAUGCAAACGUUGACAUUGGAGACAAUGAGGAAAUAACACCACUCCACAUGGCUGCUGCAGCUGGCGACAAAGAUGCAGUGCAACUGUUGAUCAGCAGUGGAGCCAACGUAAACGUUACCGACACAUGCUACCGUUCACCACUCCAUUACUGUUCGUUUAUGUGCGGACCCGAUUUUUCCGGUCACACAGGUGACUUCGUUCAGUGCUGCUAUCUCUUGCUAGAGAACGGCGCCCAGAUCGAUAACAACGAUUUGAACGGUGUCAAACCAGUGGACGUCUUUUGGGAUCUGUCUGAGAUGAGAAGCCGUCUCAUCGACUCCGCAUGCGAGGGUCUCUCAUCAAUGACGGAAGUACCUCUGGUCGUCUUCUCGGAAGAAGAAUCGACAGGCGCCAUAACCCCGCUCGCCGGCUUCGAGUCCAAUUUUUCCUCCGCCGUCAAUACGUUAGAUCGCGGAAGAAGCAAGAGAUUCUCGUCCGACUCGAGUGCCACUCUCCUGUCGUCGUCGUCGACCAACUCACUAAAGAGAUCUCCACCCGAGAACGGUUCUCUCGCUAGUCCGACGCCCGUCAGUCUGUCGAGGCCGUUAUCCAUUCUAUCCGAAUCGGACCGGAAAAAUCAAGAGAGACCGGUUGUUACUGAUUUAAUCUCGGCCGGAGAUUUGAAACCGUAUUCGUCCAUGUCUCUUCCGUUGCCGUUUCGUUCGAAGAAAAAUUCACCACUGAAAGUGUCUGCAACUUUGCGUCCUAGAAGAGACCUGACGGAGCAUCUCGAUCAAGAGACUAAGGACGCAUUCAAGGAUCUAGAUACGGUCGUCUCUCAGUCGUUCACCAAUCUCGAGAUAGACGAUGACGACGACUACGAGCAGUACACCGAUUCUGGUUUUCAUUUCGACCGAAGUGGUGCGACAGAAUCAAACGGAGAAGUCGAUUUUGCAGUCACUCCGCUCGUAUCCACACCGGAGCGAACUCUAUGCAGUACGAGAAGUCCGAGUGAAGACGACAUGCUUGCAAUCGAAGUCAAAUCGGCUCCCACGUCUCGCCAUUCCUCUCUGGAACGAGAAAGCGUUAGCUUCGACAAGACAAGCACUCUCCGCCCGUUCUCGCUUACCAGUUACGCGACCAACAACUCCAGUCCUUCGUCAGAAACGGUAACACCAGAGUCUUCAUCGUGGAACACCCUCGAUUCCUCCUACCAUGUGCACACAACAAGAAAUCGCGACGCUCAACUGUCGCGUAUUCGCGACGGCACGACGGACGACCAAGGAUCAGGAAGCUCGGAAAGCGGGAACGGCAUACGGAACCAAUACAAUUCUGAAUCGACAAAUGGCGUUGAGAGUCACUUGGAAAUCCAACAGAUUUCGAGCAGCAGGUUGAGCACGGAUUUGUCUUACCACAGAAUUCCUUCUCAGCGUUGGUCGUUGGCGAGCACGCAAACGAGUCCCGAAAUGUCGGCGACCAGCACCCUCGAUUCGUCCUACCGGAGUCACAAUCGUGCGGAGUCACAGUCGUCGAGUGUCCGCCUAUCGAUCCGCAUCGACUCAUCGGUGACAGGAGCGCUGCACCAAGCGAAAAGCCUACCGCGAAUCAACGAGUCGGCGACGGACCCGAACGUCGACGCGUUCCGUCCGACGAUCGGAAAUCCGAAUUCCGUUCCCGGAUCGGAAUGCAGCUCGGCGCUCACCUCGACGUUCAGUACUCUCGACUCGACGUACCGCGGUAAUCGCGCGCGUCUGACGUCCGAGACGUCGCUACAGAAGCGACUCAAAAAGGCGUCGAAAUCGCUGCAGAGAAUGCAGCGCUCGAGUAGUGUCAGCACCGUCGAGACGGCGGCGCGCAAAUUGCCACCACAGCGGCGACGCUCCUUAUCCGAAGACCAAGUGUCGCUCGAAAAGAUCAAUCUCGGGAUAUCAUCACUACAGUUGUUGGUCACUUUGUCUUGGAAUCGCGAGUGUCACGAGGAUAUACUGUCGCGGCUUUGCAUCGAGAAGAACGCGUCGGAUCUCGUGCAUCUGGCGCGAAUGCCCGUAUUGGGCGAACAGGCUCGCGACUGUAUAGCGACGCUCAUUCAUCGAUUGUUCGAGGUCGAGGGUUCUGUGAGUCGAUAUCGUGCCCUCAGAGCCGGACUGUUUGCCGUCGUGCUCGAGCUGCUCGACGACCUCGAACCGGUCCAGUCGACUUGUCUGUCGAUAAGUGAAUCGAUUUUACAAGGAGAUGAAAACUUGGACUAUAUGGCUGUUGUGGCAUCGUCUGUUGAUCCGGACGGUCUCUUAAGGCUCGUCAGUUUUUCUCAAAGUUCUGUAGGCGAUGACACUAACGUUUCUGCUCAAAUAAACCGUCAAGGAAGAGCUACAACAGUAAGGUUACGGAUCUUGUCAGCCGUUAGUGCUUACAGUGGAUUUCGAAAGAAACUCAUCUCAGAACAAGCUAUUCGUUGUCUCAAGGCCGUCCUGCGGUCGCCCGACGAAGAAAACGUGACAUUCGCGCUGGCGACAAUAGCAAACGUGGCGCAGCUGACCGAGUCUCACCAACUGCUCAGUCAACUAUCGCUCAAGCGAUGCCUGCUGAAAACACUCGAAGUGUUCGAGUCUACCCGAGCUCGCUUUCAUGCCAUGAGAGCUCUGAUUUACUGCGGACAUCAAGAGUUUCCUGGUCUAUAUCUCUUCCAACUACUGGACGGUAUUAAGAAUGAUACAAAGUAUGGUGACAAUUUUACGGAAGGUGAAGCGUUUGGACAUGUGAGAGGGAUCAGUCUGGAGAGAGCUGUGUCUAUGAUGACUAGUCAGAGUGACGGAAAGUGGGCUGGCAUUGCAUUGUCUCCCGGGCCUAUGAGAGCCGGUGGAAUCUCUCUGAAGUUGGUGAAUCGAGAGCAGACGCAACUGGUGCCCGACAACAAGGUCAUCGAGAUGAUUCUUGCUACUUGUAAAUCGUUUGUGGAGCCGCCGAUUCUUUUACGUUUACUGUUGCACAGGUUUCGUGAUCCAAAAACUCUUGAGCUAUUUGACGCCGGCCGCAAGAGAGCCCGACGUUCUCGAGCCACAAUUGAUCCUCCCAUCGUCGACCCCUAUGCUCCUCUCCCCAACCAUCACAUGUACAUCAUGCGCAUUUUGGACCUCUGGCUAGACAAGCACAGUCAAGACUACAGAGAAUACCCUGAAAUGAAAAGAGAAAUCAAAGCUCUCUUGAAGCCAAUGCGCAGAAUUGGAGGACCAUACGUUUUGUGUGCAACCAAACUACGUCAGCUGUGUCAUGAUGUCAAGAAGAUACCGGAGUCGCUCGAUUUGAAAUUCUCUGGCAGUGCUACCGAGCAUGCGCACGACCGUUUGUAUGAAAAGUGUCGAGAUAUCGUAACAUCCGGGGAGCUCGCCAUUACUACAGAUCAAGCAAUCUUCUUCGCAGGAAUUCAAAGUUACAUCGAAGAUAUGUCUGCUUCAUCAUCAGACGAUAAGCACAAACUAUCCAAUUCAACUUGGUCUCUUUUCGGAGACAGAACAUUGAACACUAAAUUGAAACACUGUUUACCGCCCGACGUGAAAGGCAAAGCCGUCUCUAAAGCGAUUCGUGUGCAGCACGAACUGCACAGAAGUCAGAGGAUGUCGGAUCGCAACGCCAAACACUUGUACAUCAAUCGUGUCCACGAACUGCCUCAGUAUGGUUGCAAAUUCUUUUCCGUGAAAGAAAUUGUGGCCCCUAGUGCCAAGCGAAGUCUUCAGCCGAGACGUAUUCUUGGAAUCAGUACAGACGUGAUUCUCUUGCUCGAAGAGAGAUCGAAGGAAAUAAUGAAAAAGUUUGCUUUCAAGUCGCUUAAGCAAUGGAAACCGGUUGAUUCCGACACUUGUCUAGUUCUCACGUUUGGUACUGAGCAGCUUAUCUUUGUGGCCGAGGAUCCAGGAUAUAUACAGAAGAUCAACAAUCACAUUUGGUGGUGUGUGGAAGAAGUCGAUUGGAUGAACAUAGAAAUCAUCGAUGCCUCUCCAUGGGGCAGAGCGGCAGAAGAACAAGGUCAGUGGGGCAGCUCCGUCCUCGUCGCCACAGCCAAGACACCAAAGGCAAAGCAACGAGCAUCAAGCAUACGGACAAAAUCAUUCAGCAACACUAGAGAUGACAUCACACCAUCAAGCAGUGCCAGCAGUUCUCCAUCCUCCUCUUCUCAUCACACACCGACCGUCACCCCGCGGGGGACCCCGACCGACCGAACCCCCGUUGACUCACUCUAUGACCCCCUCCUCCCAGCACGAACCGAACACGCUAUCACGUCGGAAACGAUUACCGAGGAGCAGGCAACGUCAGACAUUGCGGUUGUGAUGCAAGAGAGACUAACAGAGACCACCACAGAAAUCACUGAUUUAUCGACACUCGAUCAUGCUCAAUAUGUCGACUCCAUCAAACCUCGAUUGACUGUCACCACAGUCGAGGAUGUUUCGUUUGAUGAGUUGAGACAGUUGUCUCUAGUGUCACUCGAUGGCAGUCAGUCAAGUCUUAUCGAUCACGAUCAGGUCGACGAACUACAUCAGAACUCGCCGUCGACCAGUUGUGUGUCGAUCGAGCAUCCGCACAGCGACAGUGGGUUGGGGACUCAUUCGUCUGCGUCGAGGACUGCCAGCUGUCCGACGUCGGAGCUCACCACACCGCCCAUGUCGUUUCGUCUGCACAGUGAGAGUAUGGUGUCGACGAGUAGUGCCGGGUGUAGUAGCCACACUGAGGGGAGCAAGUUGUGUGAUUGUCCUCCGGAUCCGGACGUGGGUGAAGACUUUGAUUUCACGGAUAUCACGGCAAAAAGUCUACUCGAACAUCCCAAAGAACUGGCUCGACAAAUAACCCUUAUUGAUCAUGCAAUGUUUUGUCACGUGACGUUCUCCGACUGUCUUCGAAAAGUGGGUUCUACGGUUGAGAGACGGGAUCUUAUGAAACAUGUUGGUCAGAGUUCGGUCGAGAUGUGUGCUCAUCGAUUCAACCAGUUGAGCAAUUGGGUCAUUGUGUCGAUUCUUGAUGAAGAGACGCGUGAGGAAAGGGUCGUUAUGCUUUCUAAGAUGAUUCAAGUCGCGAGGCAGUGUCUUCAUUAUCGGAACUAUAAUGCAAUGGUGGCGAUGGUGGUGGCCGGGUUGGGAUCUAGUCCGAUUCGACGGUUGAAGAAGACGUGGCAGAUGCUCGAGAAAGACACACUCGACCUCUUUCUAAAAAUGGAACAUCUAGUCCGAAUAAAAAACAACUACAAGAACUACAGGCAAUAUCUGAGGGCAACCAACCCACCAGCUGUACCCUACUUUGGUUUGUACUUGAAAGAUCUAACCUUUAUCGAGGACGGUAACCCGCACACUCUGAAAGGUGGUCUCGUCAACUGGACCAAACGACAUCAAAUUUUUGCUGUCCUAUUCGAGCUACACACAUUUCAGAGUUCGAAAUACAACAUUCGACCAGUUCCUCCAAUCAUUCAGUAUCUACUAUCACACCAAUUGACCCCGGAUAUCAACCUGCACGAGAAAUCAAGAUCGCUGGAAACGACAACAAAACGCACAACAAACUCGAGUGCUGGCACUGCUGGCAACUAGAACCGUGAAGCACACACGUAACAGUUACUAUACUAAACAGUCAUAUAAUCCGAAUCUUUAUUAACGUACGUUAAGUAAGUAAUCCCGUAUGUCCUAUUAGUCCAGAUUAUUUAUUUACGAUGAUGUACAGUGGACAGAGCAGGUUUAUUGGGUGCUGACGUGGAACGUCAGUAGACUCUUAGUUGAUUGUAUACUCACAAUAGAAUUAGAAAUGCGUGAUAAUGGAAAUAAAUACGGUAGAAAAUCAAAAUUUAUUAAUUUUGUCCAA